AUGCAAGUCCACUUGUUCGGUGCUACAUCCUCCCCAAGCUGUACAGCAUAUGCACUUAAACGAACAGCCGCUGAUAACGCUAAUAGUUAUGAACCGGAAGUAAUAUCAACAGUUUACAGAAAUUUCUAUGUGGACGACUGUUUAAAAUUCGUAUCAUCUGAAAAGAAGGCAGUGAAACUUGCGAGAGAUUUACAAUCAUUGAUGAGUUUAGGUGGUUUCAGGUUGACCAAAUGGCUCAGUUACAGUAGGAAGGUUAUAGAUUCGAUACCUGAGGCAGAGCGUGCCCCAUCAGUCGUCAAGCUUGAACCUGGUACCUCUCUCCCUAGCGAUCGUGCUUUAGGUGUGAUCUGGAAUGUUAACGACGAUACACUCAGUUUAAAGGUUAAGUUGAGAGAUAAACCUCUGACGAGACGUGGAAUAUUAUCAGUUGUUAGCUCCAUAUUCGAUCCACUAGGACUUGCAUCACCAGUAACAUUACAAGCAAAAGCCAUCAUACAGAAACUCUGCAAAGAAAAACUAGGAUGGGAUGAUGAAAUACCACAGACACACUGCCAUGAGUGGAAAAGAUGGUUAGCCAGUUUGCCAUACUUAGAAAAUAUUGUUGUCAGUCGAUGUUUUCGUCCAAAAGAUUUUGGAAAUAUAAAGAACACCCAGUUGCAUAUGUUCAGCGAUGGUUCGGAGUUAGGCUACGGCGCAUGCGCAUACUUACGUAUGGUAGAUGAAGAUGGCAGGGUGAUGUGUUCCUUAGUCCUCGGUAAUUCUCGCCUUGCACCAAUGAAACAGAUUUCUAUACCCCGCCUAGAACUGUCUGGAGCUGUAGUCGCAUGCCGCAUGUAUGCAAUGUUAUCAGAAGACCUCGACAUGAAAAUCGACCAAGCCGUGUUCUGGACUGAUUCUACAAUACUGCUGGGAUAUAUCAAUAACGCAUCACGACGUUUCAAAACGUUUGUAGGCAACAGACUCAGUGUCAUUCAUGAAACUACGUCACCUGACCAAUGGCGCCAUGUUGAUUCCGGUUCGAAUCCCGCCGACAUUGCGUCUAGAGGUAUCGACUCAAGUGAUACACAAAGACUACAAACAUGGCUUAAGGGUCCUAAAUUCCUUCUUCAAGAGCUGCUUGGCCUGCCCAUAGCCGUGUGCCGGAAUUAG